AUCUUCAGUGUGGGCACCCGCUGUGACAGCUUGCUUCUUCACAGCUGGGUGCCCACUGCGCAUGUGCUAGAAGCGUGUCUGCAGUCUCUGGUCAUCUCCUGUACUAUGUCCGCAGUCUCUGGUCAUCUCCUGUACUAUGUCUGCAGUGUCUGGUCAUCUAUUGUACUAUGUUCGCAGUCUCUGGCCAUCUCCUGUACUAUGUCCGCAGUCUCUGGUCAUCUCCUGUACUGUGUCCGCAGUCUCUGGUCAUCUCCUGUACUGUGUCCGCAGUGUCUGGUCAUCUCCUGUAGUAUGUCCGCAGUCUCUGGUCAUCACCUGUACUGUGUCCGCAGUGUCUGGUCAUCUCCUGUACUGUGUCCGCGCUCUCUGGUCAUCUCCUGUACUGUGUCCGCAGUCUCUGGUCAUCUCCUGUACUGUGUCCGCAGUGUCUGGUCAUCUCCUGUAGUAUGUCCGCAGUCUCUGGUCAUCACCUGUACUGUGUCCGCAGUCUCUGGUAAUUUCCUGUACUGUGUCCGCAGUCUCUGGUAAUUUCCUGUACUGUGUCCGCAGUCUCUGGUCAUCUCCUGUACUGUGUCCGCAGUCUCUGGUCAUCUCCUGUACUGUGUCUGCCGUCUUUGGUCAUUUCUUGUACUAUGUCUACAGUCUCUGGUCAUCUCCUGUACUAUGUCUGCUGUCAACUGGU